AAUUCAGAUAUGCCAGAGGAGCAUACAUAUUAAAUACAUUUUACAUAAAAACAUUUGUAGUCAAAUCUGAACAUAGUGAUUAUAGUGUGAUGACGUCAUAACAUCUCUCAGAAAGUUGACCAAAAUUGUAUUAUUUCCACAUAUUUUAUUUUACUUUUUAUCUUCCUGAAUUUAAACUGUUGUUUAAAAAUAUUGGAAACGGUUCAACCCAUUUCAUGGUCCAGUGAAGCAGUUUUUACGCUGUUUUUUAUUUUAUUUUAUUUUUUUGUUAAAUAAAGUUUCCUGCACGCGACCCGGAAGUUAACAGCACGUGGCGCUAGCAGCGUUAGCUCGUGUUGAGCCGAUCAUGGUGGUGUUUGUGGGAGUUGCAGCUGAACGGAGCAGCUGCAGGAACCAUGCCUUCACUUCAGCCUCUGAGAGAGUUGAUCAGCGAGCGACUAGCUGCUGCUGCUGAAGAAAUCUUCCGACUCUGUGAAGGAACCAUCGUCCAGUACGAGCAGGAGCUCUGUCGUCAGCGCAGACUGCUGGAUGUCGCCUGGAAACAACAGCUGCAGGUCCAAACUAUAUAGUCCUUCCUCAGCAUUGGAUGGCCGAAAAGGAAGAUCUGUGCAACUAGUUGAGGGAUUCGAGAAUGGAAAAGGAGGAACCAGAAACUACACAGAUUAAAGAGGAACUGAAGGAACCAGAAAACCUACAGAUUAAAGAGGAGCAAGAAGGAUUCUGCAUCAGUCAUGAUGGGGAUCAGCUUGAUCUAAAGCAGGAGACUGAUACCUUUAUUGGGAUUCCUCCUUAUGAGGAAGAUGAGAACAGUGAAGCAGAUCUAAACAAUCAGCAGAGCUUUAAUGUAACUGAUAGUCAGGAUGAAGAAGGAAACCAACAUGAAGAAUCGACAUCAACUACAGACCCACAGAACAGAGGUCAGAGGAAGAGAAGAGACAGACGUCGUGUCCAAAAUGUCGGCAGGUCUCACAUGUCAGAAAGUCAGUGUGACUCCAAUGUUAGAAAAAACUUAAAGAAAGAAACUUUGGUAAAGAAAUACAAACAAUCUCCAAAUGAUAAGAGACUUUCCUCUGUAGGGUCUGGUAAAAGAACAAGGAUUUCACAUGAUGUGUCUGUCAACAUGAAAGCUAAGUCUGAUGAAAUGCCUCAUCUCUGUGAGGAAUGUGGUAAAAGUUUCGGUUACCAGUCUCAGUUAAAAAUUCACAUGAGAGCUCAUACAGGAGAGAAGCCUUUUACUUGUAAGGAAUGUAAUGCAGGUUUUAGUCGUGUAUCUAAUCUCAAAACACACAUGAGGACUCACACAGGAGAAAGGCCUUUUUCUUGUAAAGAAUGUGACAAAAGUUUUGGUCAUAUAUUUUGUUUCAAAGUACAUAUGAGAAUUCACACAGGAGAGAAGGCGUUUUCUUGUAAUGAAUGUAAAAAAGUUUUUAGUACUAUAUGUAAUCUUAGAACACACAUGAGAACUCACACAGGAGAAAGGCCCUUUUCUUGUAAGGAAUGUAAUAAAAGUUUUAGUUGCGCAUCUAAUCUCAAAACACAUAUGAGAACUCACACUGGAGAAAAGCCUUUUUUUUGUAAAGAAUGUAAAAAACGUUUUACUCAUGCAUUUAGCCUCAAGACCCAUGAGAAUUCACACAAAAAGAAGCAUUGACAAAACUGCCAAAGAAUUUCAUGAACAUUUUAUGCAAUAAUUGGAGUAAAAAGAGGCUGAAUUGAGUAUUGAAUGCACAGAAAAAAACAUUUUCUGAAGUGUGAUGUGUGUUGAAAAGUGGAGGUGUCAAAUGAUUGAGUUAAUCUCGAUUAUUUAAUUACAAGCCAAUUACGCUUUUUUAAAAUCACGUUAAUCUCAUCUUAAGUCCAUACUUGUUGUCAUGUUCUGAAAUGUAAAAAACAAAGGUCCAAAUGCCACAACUGAUACAUUAUAUAUUUUAACUAAAGGAUAAAGGUUUUCCCAUAAUGAGUGAAUGGGGUAUGCAGAGGGCUGAUUACAUGGUUUGAUAAAUUGUAGGAUAUAAUAUGUCAACAUGGAUUUUGGUAUUAAUAAGUUUCUGUUUUCUGGAAAAUGUUUCUACAGUUUUUGUAUAUUAAAUUUGAGCACUCUAGACCAUGAAAUUCAUUCUUUUAGUUCUACCUGUAAAUAGAAAUGGGUUGUUUUGAAUUAUAACAAAUAAAUUCUCUGCUUUUGAUUGUUUUUCUUUUUUUUUUUUUACCAGAUUAAAGGUACCAUUAUUUGCAAUGACAUUGUUUAUUUGAUUCUCUAACAAAUGUAAAUUCAAAAGCUGUGUUCAGUUUUUGUUGAUUUUUGUAUUUUCUUGCCUUAAAGUUGCUAAGUUGACCUUUUUGUUGGAAUGGUUUCUGCUGAGACGAUGGUAAUGUUGUCCACGUCUUUUUGUUGCCAUGACAAAACUGAACAUUUUUUGGAUACAUCUUUAGUUCUAAUGCUGCAUUCACACCGGACACGGUUUGCACGUCAAGGGCGUCAAGUUUCAAUGUACAGACGCGAUUUGAGGCGCAAUUUGGGAAUAAAGCUCUGCGCGUCAGUCUGGCAGCAGUACAAUUUGA